CAACCAAACACCGCCUCCUUCCCAAAGCAAAAAGAAAAUGGUUUUGAAAAUGAAAUAUAUGUUUAAUUCUGGUUCUGAUUACUAUGUGUUUGGUGGAGAAGGAAGAAAUGGAAGAACGGUUUUUAUUAGCCAAAAAAACCCCAGCGUUAAUAAGAUAUUAAAAGAUUUUGUCGAGUAUGAAAUUAGUUUUGAAUUAGAUCCAGUAGAAGAAAAUUAUUUUGAAACUACCAAAAUUAUGUUUUUUGGGGAAAAUGAUAGCAUAGAAGUGAUUGAAGCGUAA